UUACAGGAACUGGAGAAGAUAGAAGCUGAUACAGAGUAUCUGUAGCUCCCCAGUGCCCAGAGCCUCACGCCCCUCUUCUCUGAAUUGUCAGUGGUGCAUUCUCGGGAUGUUUUGUCUGUACUCCAUUUCCUAGGUUUAACAGAGGAAGAAAUCCGAAACUGUGUCCGGAUUGAAACAAAGAAACGCAGGUUUGGUUUUAAGAAAACAAAAGUGGAACACCGGUGUACCACUAACAAGAUGUCUGAGAAAUACGAAGGUUCGGUUUUGCAGGGAGCAGAGAAAUCCAUAUCCCUGACUCGAGGCGGGAGGAGUAAGUACGCCGCCGCCUUGGUGUGGGAGAAGGGGAACUCUGGUCCUGCGGAGAAGGAAUUUUCCGAGUGGUUAGAAUCAGUAAAGGAGAAUCCUGCUGUGAUUGACUUUGAGCUUGCUCCCAUCACGAACUUGGUGAGAAACAUCCCCUGUGCGGUGACAAGACGGAGCAACCUCAGGAAAGCUUUUCGAGACUACGCGGCCAGGUUUGACCCUUGCCGGUGCGCUCCGUGCCCUAAUAAUGGCCGCGCCACGCUCUCGGGGACCGAGUGUCUGUGUGUUUGCCAGAGCGGCACCUACGGAGACAACUGUGAGAGACGCUCGCCGGACUAUAAAUCCAAUGCGGUGGAUGGGAGCUGGAGCUGCUGGUCUUCCUGGAGCACGUGUGAUGUUACUUAUAGGAGAUCCAGAACCCGAGAAUGCAACAACCCUGCCCCCCAGCAAGGAGGGAAACCCUGUGAGGGCGAGAAGCGGCAAGAGGAGCACUGCACGUUUUCAAUCAUGGAGAACGAUGGACAGCCAUGUGUCAGUGAUGAUGAAGAAGUGAGAGAAAUAGACCUCCCUGAGACAGAAUCAGAUUCCGGGUGUCCUCGGCCAGUUCCUCCGGAAAAUGGAUUUAUCCGGAAUGAGAAGAAACUGUACUCAGUUGGGGAAGAAGUUGAAAUCUCAUGCUUUACUGGAUUCACAACUAUUGGAUACCAGUACUUCAGAUGUUUACCAGACAGGACCUGGAGGCGAGGAGAUGUGGAAUGCCAACAGACCCAGUGCCUCAAGCCGGUUGUGCAGGAAGUUCUAACGAUCUCACCAUUUCAGAGAUUAUACGGAAUUGGUGAAUCCAUUGAGCUAACCUGCCCCAGAGGCUUUGCUGUUGCUGGGCCAUCAAGGUACACAUGCAGUGAGGACUCCUGGACACCGCCCAUUUCAAACUCACUCACCUGUGAGAAAGGUGAGUAGCAGCUCAGGAUUCUGGGGUCUGUUAAGAUGGUGCCCCCCAAGAUUGGUGGCAUAGCAUUCACAGUGGUGCUAUUUCCUGAGUGUGUUUUGGGAGGAGAAAGCAGAAGAUUCCACUACGGGCUGGGUUUUAUAUUUCAACCUGUGUCAUGAUGAGGUCAGACAGCAAAUAAGAAGUUAUUGGUCAGGUAGAUACCUUCAAACUUUAGAGAGUGAGGUCAAUUUUCUUUUCUAAUAGAUGCUUCA